CAUCGCCAUAGGAACCCGAGCCCGCCCGGGCGGCAGCGAGCGCCGCCGCUCCCGGGGCCGGGCACGGCCGGGGAUGGAUGCGGGAGCCCGGGGCAGCCGCCAGCCCUGGAGAGCCGGAGCCCAGCGCGGUGACGGGGCCCUGUGGGCACAGCCUGGCCCUGCUCCUGUCCCCACGCAGCUGCAGCCAGGAGCUCUGGGCUCUCCCAGGAGCCGAUCCCGAGGGUUUCCCCAUGGAAUAGGCGCUUUUCCAGGUGCCUGGGCACACGAGAAGCUGAAGUUGGUCGCCCCGGGGCACCCGAACCCGCCGUGCCCUGGAGCCCCCGGCCUCUGCCAUGAAUGAUGCAUCCACCAUGGAUUAUGAACUGCUCUCCCCGUCCCUGGUGGAGCACCCCGCCGGCGCCGCGGGCAUGGAUGCCGAGCAGAAAACUGUCUUUGCCUUCGUCAUCUUCCUCCUGGUGUUCCUGGUGAUGCUGAUGGUGCGCUGCUUCCGCAUCCUGCUGGACCCCUACAGCCGCAUGCCCGCCUCCUCCUGGACGGACCACAAGGAGGGCUUGGAGCGGGGCCAGUUCGACUACGCCCUGGUGUGAGGGGAGCCCGGGCCGAGCUCCAGCCCCGCUGCCCCUCCAUCCAUCCAUCCAUCCAUCCAUCCAUCCAUCCAUCCAUCCAUCCAUCCAUCCAUCCAUCCAUCCAUCCAUCCAUCCAUCCAUCCAUCCAUCCUUCCCUCCUUCCCUCCCUCCCUCUGCAGGGAUGCUCCGGGCCGGGGGGGGGGCGAGCAGGGGGUCCGGCCCCAGGGAGGUUUUCUAGGCGUUUCUCUCUUUUCUAAGCACUUUUCAUUUCUCUCGGCAGCCCGUGGGACGCUGCGGGUGGGACAGGGGGGCUGGACGGGGACCCCGGUGCCCCCCGUGCCCCCGGGCACCGCGGACGGGGCAUGGCGGGACCUGCCCUCGGCCCGCGGGGCCCCCGGGCUGGGCUGGGCUCUGCCCGGUGCCAGGCCCGAGCUUUGACCCCCGCCGCCCCCCGUGAGUGCCCCCGUGGUCCAGUGCGUGUCCGUGUGUCCUGUAGCUGAGCCGUGUCCGUCAGGGGUUUCUCGGCACCGGCGCCCAGUGCUGGCUUUGUUCCUCCUCUGUGCCACUCCCGAGCCCCCCAAAAGCGAGGGGAGGCUGGAGACCCCCCCUGUGCAGCCCCCCUUGGGCUCCAGCCCUGUCCGUGCCCAGCUGGUGACAACGGAGCCUGGGGACACCAGGACGGGUCAGGGCUCCCCAAAACACCCGGGAGAGGCUCCUGGGCCAUCCCUGCCGGGGUGUCCGGCCCUCCCCGGGCUCUCCGGGGCUCUGCAAGUGGCCCAGGGGCUGCCAAGGGCCGUGGUGGGCAGCGGGAGGGUCCUGCCAAGGAAUUUGGGCCAGGGGGGAGGGAGAACCUCGCCCCCCUCCAUGGAAAUGAAGGGAUUUGGAAAUGAAGGGAUUUGGAAAUGAAGGGAUUUGGAAAUAAAGCAGCACCGUGCCGACCCCA